GCACGCGUGCACAUCGACCGCCACGGAAAAUCCCGGCUCCUCCCAUACCCGGCUCCCCACGCUGCUGGCCGGGCACGCGCCCAGCACCAACCAGCCCGCAGACAGCCAUGUCGGCGAUCUUCAACUUCCAGUCGCUGCUCACGGUCCUGCUGCUGCUCGUGUGCACGUGCGCGUACGUGCGCUCGCUGGCGCCCUCGCUGCUCGACCAACACAAGACCGGGCUUCUGGGAACCUUCUGGAAGUGUGCAAGAAUUGGCGAGAGGAAGAGCCCCCACGUGGCCGUCUGCUGUCUGCUCAUGGCCCUGAGCAUCCUCUGUGCCGAGUGAGCUCCGCUGAGUCUCCGUCGCUCCACCCACCUCCACCGCCAUGCGUAGCGCGAGUGUACGAGGCUCAGUACGAAUCCACGCGUUUGAUUUCGUCCGUUGUAAUUGUUUGUAUGGGUUCCCUGGAAAGCGGUCUCUCGCUUCCACACCGAAGGAAAGGUUCGCCAGGAAUCGCGUAGCCCCUGUGAGCAGGCACGGCAGGGGGGCAUCGGGAAAGUCCAUUCAGGUUUCUCGUGACCUUUGCGUCGGCGCCCACUGAUCCGUGGAAAAGACACCGACACUCAAGGAUAAAGAUUAAAACAAAACGGCGCGCAGAAGGUAAUUUUCUAGGCGGCAAAAGCCAAGGCGCGAUUCUGAUCGCAGGAUAAGCCCUCCCGUCGUGCCUCGCGCUGCAUGGCCGUUCCGCGCGUAGGACGCACACAGCCUUGUGUUAGAUCACUGACUUUAAAGUCAAAAUUGCGUCCAUUUUUAGAUGGCAGCAGUAAGAUAAUGGGAGAACUGCAUUACACUGGCUUCAUCAUCGUUAGGAAUCGCGAGUGCGGUUUGGCUAUCGGUGCCGUACCGUCUCGUCCGUGGCCUCGCGUGGAAUUCGCUGGAAUGCAAUGUGCCGCUGCCGGAAAGAUGAGAGCCUCUGCUGACGAGGACCUCGUGUCCAUGAGCAGGGCAUGGAACCCACCUCGGCUGGACCGAGUUCACGCUGCCUCGUCUGAGAUUGCUACAAACACAUGACCUGGGGCUCGUACAACAACAACCGGCAUUCACCACGGCGCUUGUGCCAGGCUAUGUGCAUGUUAAGGCCACGUGAGGUGCCGAACGCCUGCUGGAAGGAGGUCACGGGGCAGACCCAGUUGCUAUGGGUCGACUGACUGAGAUGGCUGGCAGAUGCACCACCUGUGCCCCCUACUGUGUGCCAACUUGCUGGGGCUCGUAGAAUACAGUCACACACUCACUAUCUCACUAUUUUUUAUUUCACCAGGUAAGGCCCACUUAGCUGUAUAGCUGUUUUUUUCAGAAGCCACCUUGCUAUCACAAACGAUAGCUCAACGAAGUGGCUUAUCAACGUGUGGACACUUAUAGCAGCCGAAUACUCUAAACGCAUUUUUUUUAAUGUGGAGGGAAAACCAGAGGACCUGGAGACAAAUCCACGCGACCAUGGGUAGAGAGACAUGCAGACUCCAAAUAUACAGCAGCAGGCGUCAGGAUUGAGAUCGAACCCAUGACCUCCUGCAUACCAGGUGAGGUAGUUAACAUCUUUACAGCGUGGCGCACGUUCCAGUUAAAUAAUUAUGAUUCAACGAAGGCCAGUUCUGACAUAUUUUGUAUUUACACGUGGGCUUUUUGUUAGUAUGACGCGAUCAGUACCAUCACGAUGCAUAAAACAAAAUUUCAGUCAUAAUUCACCGUGAUUUUUCAGAGAAUGGCUGCGAUAUGAUAUGACAUGUCACGUCACGACCACUCGUAGAAGACCUAUCCACACUCGGCCCCUGUGUUUCUAUAAGCCUUCACAAACGGUGUUUGCCGCACGACAAUCAAACCAAAACGUUUACUUCCCGACUCUGAAAAUAAAACCAAAUGAAGUGGUAAACCAAGUUGGGUACAAUGGCUGUUUGUGUCACUUCUUGCGAGUCGUUGGUCACCAGACUGAGACUGCUGUUGUUGUCAUUCGCUGAUUCCGCGCCUCUACCGGACGUCUCUGCAAAAGAGCUUCAUAGCUCAUCGGAUUCCUCCAGCAUAAAUAAACGUCCUGAUUCUAAUCUCGCGA